UCAGUGGCUCGAGUGUCAGUGUGGAGUCAAGCUACCGCCGUUCCUCGCUCUGGCCCGGUGCCAAUAUGAAUCCCGCACAGAAGAUACUCUGAAAAAAAACGUCUCCAUUCCACUUUUUCUUUCCGCUGAGUCGUCUGUUGUUAGAGCAUCUCGAAGACGAAGUCAAGAAAACAGCUGACAUCAUGGCCUUCACUGACUUCGACUCCAUUUUCGACCACAUCGGAGGAUUCGGACGCUACCAGAUGAUGUUAUUUUGGAUCAACUGCCUCAUGAACACCUUCUUAGUCUUCGUGUACUUCGGGCAGUUCUUCAUGACCCUGACCCCGCCUCACUGGUGCGCCCCCCCGCCUGACCUCGCCCGGCUCAACCUGACCUCGGAGCAGGUCAAGAGACUGACCAUCCCGAGGGAUCCGCACUCGGGGAAGUACCUGGAGUGCGUCAGGUACCAGGUGGAUUUCGGCCAGGUGGUUCAGAGCAAUGCCAGCUGGCCCGACCCCAGCUGGCCUACCACCAACUGCACUUAUGGGUGGACUUAUGAAUACUCACUCUAUUACCCAACCAUUACUUCAGAGCUGGACUGGGUGUGCGCCGAGGACUGGAAGCCGACGCUGGCGCAGUCGCUGUUCUUCGUGGGGUCCCUCGUGGGGUCGCCGGUGCUGGGCUGGGCGGCGGACGCGUGGGGUCGCCUGCCGGUCAUCGUGGCCACCAACGUGGUGGGCGGGCUAGGGGGCGUGGCCUCCGCCUUCUGCUCCUCCUUCGCCUCCUUCGCCGUCUUCAGGUUCAUCGUCGGGAUGACCUACGACACGCACUAUAUGGUCGCCUACAUCCUGUUACUGGAAUACGUCUCCAGCAAAUACCGAACCAUCAUGGCCAACGUCCCGAUUAUGCUGUUCCUCACCGCGGCCAUGUGCGCCUUGCCCUGGAUAGCUGUCGCCUUAGGUCAUUGGACUUUCUUCACCAUCGCUAUCUACCUCCCACAGCUUUCGUGCAUUGCUUUCAUAUGGAUCGUCCCCGAGUCCGCGAGAUGGCUGCUGAGUCAGGGCCGAGUCGAAGACGCCAUUGCCAUCCUCAAGAAAGCCGGAAAGAUUAACAAGAAGCCGCUUUCGGACGAGGUCGUGGAGGAGUUCAAGGCCUACGGAUGGAAGCAAGCGGAGAAAGACGAGAAAAAAGUCAACGUCACGGCCCUCCUCAAGACGCCGGUGCUCAGACGCCGCUUCCUCGUGCUCUGCCUCAUGUGGAUGGUCAUCAUCCUCGCCUACGACGCCCACAUGCGCAACACCGAGCACAUCGGGACCAACGUCUUCGUCACCUUCACCGUCGCCGGCUUCGUGGAGCUGCCGGCCGACUUCCUGACGAUGGUGGCGGUGGAGAAACUCGGACGGAGGCAUACGACGGUGUGGACGCUGGUGCUGGGCGGACUGCUGUGCCUGGGGAUCGCUGCCGUGCCUCCAGAAAACACACUCGUCAUCCUGGUGUUGGCAAUUGCUGGCAGGUUCCUCGUCACGAUGUCCAUCAACGUCGGCCAACAGUACCCGGUUGAAGUCCUGCCAACAGUAGCGCGUGGAUCUGGCUCAGGAGCUAUCCACACGCUCGGCUAUGGAGCGGCUUUCGUGUCUCCUUAUGUAGUGUACUUGUCCAAGUUUGGCCACUUCCUCCCGUACGCCAUCCUGGGCGUGGUGACCGUCGCGGGCGGCCUCGUGUGCGUCCUCCUGCCGGAGACGCUCGACCAGAAGCUGCCGGACACCCUCGCGGACGGAGAGGAGUUCUUCGCGGGACAGGGAUGCUGCUUCAACCCCUGCGCCAGAAGACGAGCCUCUACAGAUGUUGGAAAAGGAAAAGGUGGAAAAGAAAUUGGAAUUGGAAGAGAAAAGGGAGGAGAAGGAGGAAGAGGAGGAGAAGGAGCAGGAGAAGGAGAAGGAGAAGGUGAAAGAGGAGGAGGAAGAGGAGGAGGAGGAGGAGGAGGAGGUGGUACAGGAGAUGGAGAAGAUAAAGAUGCUGUGAAAGAUGAAAUUUACAAGGUAUGAAUUUACUUUUAAGAGAGAGAAAGAGAGAGAGAGAGAGGAGGGGGAGAGUAGAAUGAGAAAAAUAUAAAAAAGAAAGAGAGAGAGAGAAAGAGGGAGAGGGAAAGGGGAGAGAGAAAAAAAAUAAAGAUAAAAAAAGAGAGAGUGAAAGAGAGAGAGAG